AUGACACCAAAUCCUUCUUUAGUACUUAAUAAAAUCGACGACAUUUCAUUCGAAGAAUACGAAUCCCCAGAAAUCACUUCACCCAGAGACGUAAUUGUCGAAGUCAAGAAAACCGGAAUCUGUGGAUCAGAUAUCCACUACUACGCCCAUGGCAAGAUCGGGCCCUUUGUCUUGAGAAAACCCAUGGUCUUGGGCCAUGAAUCUGCUGGUGUGGUUGUUGCUGUUGGUGAUGACGUAAAGAAUUUAAAGGUUGGCGACAACGUUGCCAUUGAACCAGGUGUGCCUUCAAGAUACAGUGACGAGUACAAAUCAGGCAACUACCACUUGUGUCCACACAUGGCGUUUGCUGCUACCCCACCAGUCAACCCAGACGAACCUAACCCACCAGGUACUUUGUGUAAAUAUUAUAAAGCCCCAGCCGACUUUUUGUUCAAGUUGCCAGACCACGUUUCGUUGGAAUUGGGUGCUAUGGUCGAACCAUUGACCGUAGGCGUGCAUGCAUGCAAAUUGGCCAACUUGAAGUUUGGUGAAAACGUUGUUGUCUUUGGAGCUGGUCCCGUGGGGUUGUUAACUGCUGCUGUUGCCAAAACCAUUGGUGCAAAAAACAUCAUGGUCGUUGAUAUUUUCGACAACAAAUUGAAAAUGGCAAAAGAUAUGGGUGUGGCUACUCACACAUUCAACUCAAAAACCGGCGGCGAUGAUCGCGACUUGGUAAAACAUUUCGAUGGCAUUGAACCUUCUGUAGUGUUGGAAUGUAGUGGUGCCAAGCAAUGUAUCUACACUGGUGUGAAAGUCUUGAAAGCUGGUGGCAGAUUUGUCCAAGUUGGUAAUGCCGGUGGCGAUGUCAACUUCCCAAUUGCCGAUUUCUCAACUAGAGAAUUGGCAUUGUAUGGAUCGUUUAGAUACGGAUACGGCGAUUACCAAACGUCAAUUGAUAUUUUGGACAAGAAUUACAUCAAUGGUAAAGACAACGCACCAAUCAAUUUCGAGUUGUUAAUCACCCAUAGAUUCAAGUUCAAAGAUGCAAUCAAGGCAUAUGACUUGGUUAGAGGCGGUAAUGGCGCCGUCAAGUGCUUGAUCGAUGGGCCAGAAUAA